AUGAUGUACUUCUUUCCGCCGAGUGCGGCGCCGGCGCGCAAGCCCCAAGCCGCCAAGCCCACCGUCACAGGCGCCUGGUCGCCGGCCGAGCACAAGCGCUUUCUUGUCGCUUUGGACAAGUACCCGAGCGGUCCGUGGAAGACGAUCGCAGCCCACGUUGGCACGCGCACCCCGCGCCAGGCGCAGACACAUGCACAAAAGUACCGCGCGAAGCUCGUGCGCAGGCUGCGGUGCCCGUCUAACAACGGCAACGGCUGCAUGAUGCGCCUCGUCAAGGACGAGAUGGAGAGCCUUCCGGAUGAGCAUUCCAUCGACGCGUUCACGCCCCUCAAGCUCGAAGCGAGCGCCGACUUGUGCCCGGCGACAAGUCCGUUGGCUGCAACCUCAUUGUCGUUUGACGACUGCCUCGACUUUUUUUAUCCGCGAAAUGGACGCAUGACGCGCCUCGAUGACGACAAUAAUAAAUUCCGCUUCUGCGGCGACCAAGAGCCUCCAUCCUGGCUGCUCGCCGAGAUCCCAGUGGUCGCCCAAGCGAGCCAAGGCGCUGUGGAUCUCUGCGAGCUCACGCGGCUGCUAGCCUUCGCUGUCAUGGACAAGGGCUCGUUCGACGACGCCAUGGCGCUGCUCAUGCCGACCGUGACCAAGUUUGACAGCCAGGCGAUCAUCGUUGCGCUCAAGUGGAUCCUUUUGCAUGCGACCAAGUACAACGUAGAGGAGGUUGCGCUCGCCACGGAGCUCCAGCAGCUCGGCUUUGCCGCCGACUUGGCCAAAGCGUUUGCGUCCGUCUACAACGAGCAGCACGGCGCGCUUCGGCGCCACCUCGCGGCCUCCAACAUGAAGCUUGGCCGCGCGUACAGCCGAUUGGAAGCCCACGUUGACGUCGUCCUUGGAUCGCGCCACGCCAAGAACCUCAAGACGGCGCAUGUCAUCCUUACCAUGCACGCGACCACACCCACAACGUUCGCCGUCGACGCAACGACCUUUCGCAGCUUGCACCACGAGCUGCGCCACGCGCGCAAGCUCAUGGACGUCGGGUUCAACUGA